CCUGACCUCUUCGUGCAUUCGAGUGCCAUUACGUGCGGCGCGACGUCCGUGACGAGAGUGGCCUCCGCCUAGGCCAAACCUCUACUUAAGUUGGUCACUAUCCCCAGUCGAACCAGUGUGGUGAAGUAUGGUUAAACACCCCCCCCCCCCUCCCAUCACCUUUCUGUGGCUGAUACUGCUCGAGACCUCUAUCCAGCAAGUGGGUGGGUUGCCAAAGUGCUCUCGCACACUGGGGCGAUGGAUGGAGAUCAGCUCGUGUGUGAAGGCGCCAGGAGGAUGGUAAACAUCGCAGUCGUGCGAGACAUUCAUCCAGCAGUGGAUUGACCGUGGCUGAUGACGAACGGUGCGCGCGUGUUGGGGCUUAAUGAGUGCUGACGUGAGUCGGCGGGGGACGCAUUACGGGCAGCAUAAUGAGCUUAAGAGAGUCACCGCCUGCACGUGUUUAAAGGGCUACGCACGCGUGAUCCGUAUAUAGACACCCCACUAAAACAGUGGGGCAGGAACCGCGGGGGCAUGAAGACGUUUCAAUGUAAAAUCCAUACCUUCGCUUCUCCCACCUAUCUCGGUACGCUUAGUAAAUAUGUUAACACUCUCCUCGGUAAGAUAUGGAGCCAUCGCGUUCACAACGCCGCAAUGCAGUAUUUGUUCACGUGUUGAAAGGGUACUGUAACAUUCUUUGGGUCUUUCGGUAAAGCCAGGAAUAUGAAUUCCAGCAGUCACGAAAGCUUUAAGUCAAGGUACUAUAAAAAUGAAUUAUAAUCGGUUGUGAUCUCGACAUUUGAAUCACCCUGUAAACAAAGUCAGACCGUCGCCUUCAGUUUGACUUGCUUUGUGUAGACAAGCAUUCUGACACAUUUUUGUUGUUUAUCUCGGGGGGAAUUAAAGUGGUCACACAUUUACCGUGGAGUAAUUGUGUUUAAAAAAGUACUUUAAGUGUGAAGUACUGGACUGUGAGUGAACUUGGUCAGGGCACGUGAUGGCUAAUGGUUGUGAUGACUGAUGGCCACGAAUAAUCAGUGGGCCAGCCAAGGAUUGUAAAACAAGUUCCAAAAGGAAUUCUAACGUGAAGAUGGAGUGUUGAAAUCGGCUAGUGUGCGGCUCCUGUUGAAUCAUUACAUUUGCAGGAUUGCGAAAGAUGGCUUUCAUCCAGCAGUGGAUUUGAUCAUAGCUGAUGAUAAUGAUGAAUAAUUGACAAAGUCACGUGAGCACUUUGCCCUGAGGCGCAAUGACCUUGAGGCACAGAGGGCGGCCCCCAGCAGUGGCCACCGGUGACACCGUGGGGGAGAUGGCCAGGUCUGCCUGCCCACCUUUCACCUCCGCACUCUCUCCCUCUCAGCAGCAACCCUGAGGUCAUAAACCAGGGGAUCCUGACCGCAGAGUACAAUCAUUCAUAAAGCUGCAGCGAGGAGACGAUAUUCAUUGUUGGUGCGGUGUCCUGUUUGUGUGUGUGCGAGACCUCUGGUGCCCCACCUCCUUUCUCCGUUGCCACACGGGGGGGGGCUUUAAUCAACCUUGGCUGUUGUUUUGAACUGACAUUUUUUUUACAUUUCUUAGAGUUUGCACACCAAUCGCCUGGCUCUGCCGAUGGGACCCAGAAAGACGAAACCGGUUCCACUUUUUCCUCUGUUCGUGUGUUCCACAAGUUCCUCCCCCCAGCCGUCAGUUUAACUCAAAGCUAAAUACCUGUCUCUUGUACAUUCUCUGUGACUGACUGUACAGUAGUGAUAUAAACAUUAAGAUAAUAUAUACGUGCCUCUUCUUCCUCCAUGAUGUACUUAUCACACUAUCUUGUACGGUGUGUUGAGACUUGAUAAUAUUUAGACGCUCUAUACCAGGGGUUGGAAAAAACAAAAUAACAAUAACAACCAUUUUUUUUCGAAUUCGGUAAAAAACCCCUCAAUAUUUCAAGAGCCGCAAUGCAUGUGAAUAGUAGAUGGUGGUCUUUAAUAAAUAACGUCACGAAGCAGUCCUUGAAGAGCCGCAUGCGGCUCUGAAGCCGCAGGUUGCCGACCCCUGCCCAAUACAUUCAAAUUGUAUUUUAAGUGAACACUUUUACUUAACCCGAUCAUGUCAUGCACGUAGUCUCUCGUGGUAUAAUUGGGCAAGUUGUCUGGUCAGUGAUUUUGCAUCCCCACUCCCUGCCAAAUGUAUUUUCCUUUAUUUGUAUUCACAAUCAUCACGGUUUAAUGUUAGCCUUCCUUAUGUGACCCUGGUAGCCUAACAUGCGCAACUGUUUGGCUUUUGCAAUGAAAUUGCAGUGCUCUAGAUAGUGUUCAUAGAGGCCUAAACACACACACACACUGUCGGUUGUUUGACAUGCUUCCAUUCCCAGAUUUUGCUGAUAAUUAAACAGUAUGUACAGUAUUGUAUAUUACCAGACAUUCACCAGGGUGUUAACUCUUAAUCGAAUGGUGAGAUAUAAGGAAUGUGUCCAUUUCAAGAGAAAAAUUGUGGUGUCAGCAAUAAUAGCCUUCUUUAGUGACAAGCAUUCAUCCCCCAAAUAUGCUUCGGUUUCCCUUUGGUGAUGCAAAAAACCAGUUAAGCAAGGUCAUCAUUGUUCACAUUUUCAUCAUGAGAACAAAGAAUUGUGGUAUGAUUGGUAAUAUUCUACCGCCCUUUGUCAAUCCACUGCUGGAUGAAGGCCACCCUCUGCUGUGUUGGCCGUCAGGUUGGUUUGACCAUAACUCACCACGGUGUUCCGCGUGGAUUGGUGAAAGGAGGUACUCCAUCUAUCCCUAUGGGCUUCUGAAGGAGCUGGGUGUGCCUCAUCCACGCCCAAUGCCUUUCCUCGGAAACAUGUUUUGGUUCCGGAAGGGAUUCCUGGAGGGACUUGACAGUCUGGUGGAAAAGCAUGGGAAAGUGUGCGGGUAUUACUUUGGGCGGCGAAUGCACCUGGUGGUGGCUGACCCCGACAUGCUGAAGCACAUCCUGGUGAAAGACUUCAACAACUUCGUGAACCGCAUGGAGUUUUCGCUGUCCACCAAGCCCAUGAGCGACAGCAUCUUCAUGCUCCGGGACGAGGAGUGGAAGCACGUGCGAAGCGUCCUCACGCCCACGUUCAGCGCCGCCAAGAUGAGAGAGAUGUCGCCUCUCAUUAACCAAGCGACGGACACUCUGCUGGAAAAUCUGGAGGCUCACGCACGGUUGGGCAAGGCCUUCGAUGUCUGGAGGUGCUUCGGCUGCUACAGCAUGGACGUAAUCGCAAGCGUAGCGUUCGGCAUGCAGGUGGACUCGCAGAGGAACCCCGAUGACCCGUUCGUGCGCCAUGCCCACCUCUUCUUCAACUUCACCUUCUUCCGCUUCACCAUGUUCCUCGUCCUCGCCUUCCCGUCGGUGAUGAUUCCACUGAUGCACCUGGUGCCCAACGAACGUCAAAAUCGGCUCAACCGAUUCUUCAAGCGCAUCAUCCAAGACAUCAUCAAAAUGCGACAGACGCAGCCCCCGGAGCAGAGGCGGCGCGACUUCCUGCAGCUGAUGCUCGAUGCACGAGAGGUGGCGCCCGAGGGCCAGGGUGGCGGCGACGGAGGAGACGCGGAGGGCUCCAAGGAGAGCCAGGGAGACGUGGCCGAUGGAGGAGCAGGAGCAGGGAGCGACUCCAGCGCUCGGGCAGCAGAAGGAGGAGGCCCUAACAGGAGACGCAUCCACAAGCACACCCUGACGGACGACCACAUCCUGGGCCAGGCCUUCCUGUUCUUCGUGGCCGGUUACGAGACGACGUCCAACACGCUUGGCUUCGUCGCGUACCUGCUCGCCACGAACCCCGUCUGCCAGACGCGCCUGCGCGAGGAGAUCAUGGGCUUCUACAGGCAGCACAAAGAGCCCGACUACGACAACAUCCAGCAGCUCACGUACCUGGACAUGAUCAUCUCGGAAACUCUGCGCCUCUUCCCGCCAGGGCUGCGGUUUGGACGCGAGGCGCUGCGCGACUGCGUGGUGAAGGGGGUGCGCAUCCCGGCCAAGACGCACGUGGAGGUGCCGGUGGCCGUGCUGCACCGGGACCCACAGUACUGGCCCGAGCCUGACCGUUUCAUCCCCGAGAGGUUCACCGCGGAGCAGAAGGCGGCACGCCACCCGUUCGUGUACCUGCCGUUUGGCGCAGGGCCACGUAACUGCAUCGGCAUGCGCCUGGCGCUGCUGGAGACCAAGGUGGCGCUCGUGCGCUUGCUGCACCGGUUCACCUUCCACAUGACGCCCGAUACGCAGGUCCCGCUGCGGCUCAAGUCGUUCACCACCCUGAGCCCCAAGGACGCGAUCAUGCUGAGGAUCUCGGCGAAUGGCGAGCCCAGGAAGAACUGACGCGUGCUGCACCGCACUCUCGUGGCAGCGUCCAUCUGUGAA